ACUUACAACCUGAACGCUGGUACCUACUCCGUCAAGUGGAGCAAUCUGGGUACCGACUUUGUCGUCGGACUGGGCUGGUCCACUGGUGCUGCUCGCACCAUCACGUACUCUGCCAGUUACUCUGCUUCUGGUUCUGGCUCCUACCUCUCCGUCUACGGUUGGGUGAAUUCUCCGCAAGCCGAGUACUACAUCGUCGAGGCCUACGGCUCGUACAACCCAUGCUCGGGUGCUACUCAGCUCGGUACACUCAGCUCUGAUGGCAGCACCUACACCGUGUGUACAGAUACGCGCACGAACCAGCCCUCGAUCACUGGCACGUCGACUUUCACCCAGUACUGGUCCGUUCGACAGAGCCAGCGGACUUCCGGCAACGUCAACGUUGGAACCCACUUCAACUUCUGGGCCAAGCACGGG